UUGAAAAUUUCACUUCGUCUUUUGACAGCCGUGAAGUUGGUUCGUUUUCAAAUUUCGCUCUCGUUGUUUUCUUAAAAAAGUAUUGUUAAAAUACAGAAUUACUAUUAUUGUCCUCAGUGUUAUAUUAAUUUACCUUAUCUUUUCUUAAUUUCAUUAUGUACGUGUCCAUUUCACUUCAUAUUUUAAUUAGAUGAGAUCUCUCACAUGUUUGGCUCAAAGAAAAAAAAUGAUAACACUUCGAAUUUCACCAUAAAAAAGACAACAAUCCGAUUCGCCGUGUGUUGUGAUAUCAAUCGAGACUCGAAAUAACACGCAGCUGAUAAACGAAUAAUCAAAAAAAAAUUCCAAGUGACAGAUCUACAAAAAAGUUAAAUCAGUCCGGCCUAUUCACAUUUUUUUUUCUGUGUGUCUAUUUUCAAGAGUGCUUUUGAACAACCUUGUAAAAUUAUCUAUUUUAAAUAAUAUAAAUAAACAAGAUAAAGAAAGACUUAAUUUUAUCAAGUCAAGUGCGACAUGCCCGAAAUAAAAGUAACUCCAUUGGGUGCUGGCCAAGAUGUUGGCCGUAGUUGCCUGUUGCUUUCGAUGGGCGGCAAAAACAUUAUGCUGGAUUGUGGCAUGCACAUGGGAUUUAAUGAUGAACGAAGGUUCCCAGAUUUCUCGUAUAUUGUUCCCGAAGGACCAAUUACCAGCCACAUUGAUUGUGUUAUUAUUUCGCAUUUUCAUUUGGAAAAUUCUGGAGCACUGCCCUACAUGUCCGAAGUUAUCGGUUAUAAUGGUCCAAUUUAUAUGACCCCACCUACAAAAGCUAUCGUUCCAAUUUUAUUAGAGGGAUUGCGAAAAGUCAGUCUUACACAACAAGGAAAACGUGAUUAUUUAACAACACAACUAAUAAAGAAUUGCAUGAAAAAAGUAACAGCAGUAGAUUUACAUCAGAGUAUUAUGGUUGACAAUGAGUUGGAGAUAAAAGCCUACUAUGCUGGCCAUGUAUUAGGUGCAGCUAUGUUUUGGAUAAAAGUUGGCUCACAAACUGUUGUCUAUACUGGUGAUUUCAAUAUGAAUCCUGAUCGACACCUUGGAGCUGCUUGGAUAGACAAAUGUCAACCAGAUUUAUUAAUAACCGAAAGUAUUUAUGCAACCGCAAGUCCCAAUCCAAAACGAUGUCGUAAUCGUGAUUUUGUUAAAACAGUACACGAUUGCAUGUCCAGAGGGGGUAAAGUGCUCAUUCCUGUUUUCUUAUUGGGUCGAUCUCAGGAAUUAUGCAUUCUCUUGGACGCUUAUUGGAAGAAACAUAAUUUGUCAUACCCAAUUUAUUUUGCUGUAGAUAGUAUGACAGAGAAAUCCAAUUCCUAUUAUAAUGUAUUUUCCAAAUGGACCAAUCAAAAAAUGGACAAACCUAAGACUGAUGGUGAUAUUUUUGAUUUCGAACACAUCAAAAGAUUUGAAAGAAGCUACAUUGAUGAUCCUGGACCAAUGGUGGUGCUAGCAACUGAUGGUAUGCUGGUUUUUGGACUGUCAUUGUUAAUAUUUAAGAAAUGGGCAGAUGAUGAGAAUAAUUUGGUCAUAUUGCCUGACAGUUGCAUGAAAGGUACAUUGGGCUACAGACUUUUAGCGGGAGCAAAAGAGGUGAAAAUUUCAUAUAAUGAAGUGGUCAAAGUCCAAUUGAAAGUGGUGCAAAUGAAUUUUGAUGCUGUUGCCGAUGCAAAAGGAUUAAAUCAACUGAUUAAAAUAAUUGCUCCAAAAAAUAUUGCUCUCACGCAUUAUAAAAAUCUUUACAUUCUCCAGGCUUUACGAUCAGAGAUUAUGGAACAAAUUAAAGGCGAAUGUUAUUUUGUUCCAAAUGGCGAUACUUGUUAUAUAGAAACUACAUUAAAAAUGCCAACAGAGGAUGAAUUAAAUUUGCUUAAAAGCGGCAUAGAUAUCUACAAGUUUCGUUGUCUCAAACCAGCUUUAACUAAGAAAACUAAUAUUUUAAUUAUACACGUGACGGAAAAAAAUAGAAUUGUAAUGAAAAAUUUAAGUGAAGCUAUCACAAUGGAAAAAAUGGAAUUAAUACAUAAAAUAACAUUCUGCACAGAAAUUAAAUUCGAGGAUCCAGAUUCAAAGUUGAAAACCGAAGAAAAACUAUUGAUUAUAUUAAAAGAGAAGCUCAAAAGCAGGGAUAUUGAAAUAGAUCAGAAUUUCAGGAUAAAAAUAGAAAGUGUUGAAAUUAAACUGGUUUCUAAUGAAAAUGAUCCUGCAGAAAGAGUUAUUGUAAUUGCCUGGAAACAUAAAGAUGACGAACUAGCUCGGUGUAUUCUUGACAUAUUUGAUAAUUUAGGUUAAAAUGUAUAAGAAAUACCUACAAGUGAAAUGAAAAUCCACGAAAUGUAAAAAAUUUAGU